AUGAAGCGGCUGUGGAGCCCGGCAUUGUUCGUGUGCUGCUUACCGGGUGUGGGCCUGGCCUACAAGGUCCUUUCCUCCCAGGAACCCGAGCAGUUAAACCAGACGUUGGAGCACGAGGGCCCCGUUCCGCUCUAUGCACAACUUGCGGCAGCUAUCCCACUGGUUUGCCAGAACUUGACGAACUUCACGG